UAAACCUAGGUAUGUACUACUACAUGUAGGUAUAACGGAUAUCACUUCAUACCUAGUACGUGACCUCAUGUGUACGGACCUGCGAAAACUUGCUCAAAGUCGCUCGCUGUCGGCGUGAGCCAUCAACUUCGUUUCUUAAGGCGCGGUCCCGUGCAUAUAUCUUCUAGUGAAUACACACAUAUGAAAUCCAACUUAACGCACCUUCCCGACUUGACACGCUCUGAAAAAACCGUCUUGGUUUGCCCCAAGGAGAUUCCAACGGUCUACCUUAGGUACCUAACCUAAGGCACUUAUCAGCGGUAGUUCGUUGGCAUCAACUCUGGAACACUGGGCUGUUUCCAUCUCAAACCAGAGCUCGCGUUUGCAAUUAUCGAAGGAAGCUGCAAGUGAAGAUGAAUAUGACGAAUGUGUCGACUGAAAUGGAUAUGGGACGAAUGGAUGACUCCCCGAUGUCAAUGACAUUCUUCUUCUCAUCUUCAACAUCGCUCUUCUCGAAAGCCUGGACGCCUGCGACUUCUGCGCAGUAUUCUGGCACGUGCAUAUUUCUAGUUGUCCUUGCGGUUCUUAUGCGCGGCAUGCUGGCGCUGAAACCGAUCCUCGAGAAGUCAAUGUGGAAUCCGUUGGUUGAUGGGGAGGGGGUCCUAGUACCAGGCGGCGAUGGUGGCUACCAAAAAGAAGACAUGGCGCCCCGACAACCCACAAACCGCAUCUACGAUAUAGUACGAAGACGUUGGUCAAUAUGGAGGUUUAGAACAAGUCUAGAAAGAUCAAUCUUUGAGCUUCUAUUGGCAACAGUAGGAUACUUGCUCAUGCUUGCGGUCAUGACGAUGAAUGUCGGAUAUUUUCUGUCAGUCCUCGGAGGAUUGUUUUUGGGUACCUUCGUUGUUGGGGACUUAGCCGCAGAUAAUUCACUAUAUCAGGACCAUCACUGCUGAUAAGGCGUAGCGGCCUAACCUGCGUUUGAAGAGGGAC